CUUCAGGGUGUUGCAGGAGACCAGUGUGUGAGGCAACAUGAGAGCUUUUGUGUAUUCGGUGUUGUUUGCGAUGCAAAUAUCGCUUAUUUAUUCGUCGUAUCCGCAGAUAUAUUCCAGAUGCAGAUUUUGGGAUACAGGUUGCCUGGCUCGGCAGAUACAGAUCAACGUGCCAUCCCUGAUCACUGGUAUCAAGGAGCUGGGUACUGAAAAACUGGAUCCUAUGCACAUUGACUACAGUCGGGUAGACCUGGCUGGUCUGAAGUUGGAUAUAAAUAAUGCGGAUAUCCGCGGUUAUGGUUCCGCUAUAGUUGAUAGAGCUAGCGUUGAUCCGAUUUCGAGAGAAUUAUAUUUGGUUUAUCACACUGAUCUAUCAAUGGAUGCUCUAUAUAAUGCCCAAGGAAGUGUACUCGGCUUACCGAUUGCUGGUGAUGGAAAUAUGAAAGUAGUAGCGAAAAAUGUGGAAAUAGAAACACUGAUGCCAUUCGACAUCGUUAACGACGCUCGUGGUAGAGCUGUGAUCGAACUGAAGGGAAUCCAAUACAGACUCAAUUUUAAGGAUAAUGUGCGAUUUGACCUCUCUAACUUGUUCUACGGUAAUAAGGAAUUGAGUGACAAAAUGCAUGAAUUUAUAAAUUCCAACUGGAAGGCAGUAUCGGAUACUUACAGCAGACCAAUUUUCGACAUCGCACAAGACAAGCUUUUCAAAGUGCUAAGAUCUUACCUCUUGACGCAACCCCUUGACAACAUUUUUAAUUUCUUUUAUUAGUUUCACGAAAUUACGACGUUUAUAAAAUGAAAAAUUAUUUACAUACCGUACAUACAUAAAUGUUUAUAAAUUCUUAAAUGUGUUUUUUAAUUAAAAAAUAAAACAUG